AUGGGCAAUGGAAGGCAGGGCUGGGAGAUCGCCCAGCUCAAGUGCUGCUCGUCUCAGCGGCUGUAUACCUGGGGCUCUGGGGCCCGCGGUCAGCUGGGCACUGGCAGUCUUCAGGCGGUCCGCUUUCCAUCGGGUCGCCUGGUCCGAUCCAUCGCCUGUGGCCGAGAGCAUUGCGUUGCCGUCACCUACGACGGGAAUGCCUACGCCUGGGGAAAGGGGGACAAGGCCUGGCUCCCACUUGGACUGGUCCAGGGCGUCGCUGACGUCCUCGUUUGUGCGGCGGGAGAGGACCACACGGGAGCCAUCUGCCGCGGCGAGGACGACAACGAGCUGCGACCGUACAUGUGGGGCUCCUCUGAGAUGGGCAAGCUGGGCGUUGGGGCCGCCGGCCUCUCCUCCACCGACUCGCCCCCGGUGGUCGUCAAGGUUCCGGUGGCCCUCAGCUGCGGUCAGUACCACACUGCUGUCGUCUGUGCGCUUCGCGGCGACUCUGAGGACGACUCAGAAGACAGAAUCGCAGGACGUGCCUUGGCCUUGGCCGAAGAUGGACUAACCUCAAUCCGUUCCCCAGGUGUUUGGACCUUCGGGGGCGGCUGGUAUGGCCGGCUCGGGCACAACAACAUGGAGAACCAGUUUGAGCCCAAGCUCGUGCAGAGUCUGCUGGCCCGCGUGCGCUCGGUACAUUGUGGCGCCCUCAGUUACGAGAAGGGAGUCAUCAACGACAACGGGGAGCCCGCUGGCGAUCUCUGGGUGCCAAUCAAGUUCAUGCAGAUCGACGGUCAGCCAAAGGACCGCGACGAAAGCACACGCCUGUUUCCGGCAACCUCAGACUUGACCAACAUGAUCGUGACAUCAGCAGGCCUGGUCUAUGCUUGGGGUGACAACCGCAGUGGCCAAAUUGGUCUCGAUGGUGGCCGGAAGGGCCAGUUGCGGUACUUCAUAUUUCAUCAGGCGAUCUUCCAAAUCUUGACAGAUUUGGCGCAGCUGUGCAUCGGCGGAAACUUGCCUCAACCUCCGAUCCUGAUGUCCGCCGGCCCCGCGCACAUGGUGACGUAUGGCCGGAACAAGGUGAUGAUGGCCUGGGGCAAUCAGAGCUGCGGGCGGUUGGGCCUUCAGGAGAAGAAGAUGGAGAAGGUGAUCUUCAAGCCACGGGUCGUCCGGGCCGAGUGGGCCUCGAUCGAAGCCAUGGGAGGGACGGAGGCGGAGGAAGAAGGAGGAGACAAGAAGAAGGUCACGGCAGCGGCUUUGGCGACGUUGGGUGACGAGUCGAUCUCCAAGGCCUUGGACAGCGAGAGCGCCAUCAGCGAGGGCUCCUCUCACGGGGAGUUUGGCGAGGAAGAUGCUGGAGACACCAAGGCCAACCUGCUCCAUGCCUUCACAUCAGGACAGAAAGUCCAGCGCUUCUCGACGAUGCAGACCAUGUUGAAGGAGGAGCCGGAUAGCAACAAGACCGGUGGCAGUCUGCACAAGCACACGAAGGCAGUGGGUGUGAUGCUUGCUCUUUACGAACUGAAAAAGAUGGUCGUCAGCGCCGUUGAAGACCUUGUCACGGUGACUGAGAAAGAGAGACGGGUGGCCAUGUUCCAGGAGCGCGUCCAGAAGGGCAUCGAUCACCUCAACGGAGUGCUGCAGGGACCUGUGCAGCACGAGCGGGAGCGAGACGGACUGGAUGCAGCGCUGAUGCAGAAGCUUCCUGCGUACCAGGAGCUCUUCUCGGUGCUCCAGCUGCAGGCCUUCUUCGGAGCGGGACGUGAGACGUUUUGCGGGGGACGGUACGGAGAUGUGAGCUACCUGGCGACCUUGUCCAUGACAAUCAAGGACGAAGAAGCCUCAGAGGUCUUCGUGAAGGUGGUCUGCGCCAUCUUCGCCGAUCUUCACGACGCGCGGAUUCGGAACCUGUUCGUGCUGCUGAUGCAGAUGAUGGUUUUCAAGGAGCUUGAACAGUCGAAGCACAUCGACGACGUCUUCCUGCCUGCAAGCCGGACCUUCAAGCUCUUCUCCUUCUUCGCUUUGCAUGAGGUGCACUUCGAUUCGGUCGUCCAGCCGUUGAUGGACUGCCACCGAAUGGACGAACAGAACCAGCCUCUGACCUUCAUGGGACUGGUCACGUACAAGACGCUGGAGCGCGGCCAGACUUGGUCCUUGGACUUCAAUGACUACUUGAAAUCACCGAGCAUCGCAGCCAAGUUGAAGGAGCAGGCCGCGCAAGAACUGAGGGCCGAUUUCACCAAGGAGCUCGAAGCCUUCUAUGACUUCUUCAAGGUCGAUGUCGUGUCUGCCAUCUCGCGGUUGCACCUGCCUGCCAGCUUCUGGUCCUUCCUUGCCUUCUGCCGCGAGACCAUCAAGGAGUUUCAGCUGGUGGGCACUGAGGAAGAUGAAGCAGGCACCGAGGUGGGCGGAGAUCCGAGAGUGGAGCUGCAGAUGUGUGAGCCGCUCUUCCGCCUCCUCAUCAGUGGCAUCAUCCUGCCGGUGCUGAGCCACCCGAAGAAGUACGGCGGACGAGAGGUGGGCCUUUGGCGGUGUGAGAAGGGCAACUUUGACGGCGACGUCCUGUUCAACCUCCGUGCUGUGGUGGCAGCAUUCGAGGACAUGGUCCUGAUCGUCCCCAGUGGAAAGAAGGCGCUGAACAAGAUCGGAUCUCGACUCAGGCCCGAGGUCCUGCGAUUCAUCCUCGAGCGGCUGGUGACGGGAGGAGAUGAGCCCGACACCAUUGUCACGGUGCAGACCUUCCUGUCGCACUAUGAUCGCGUGCCAACGAGCAUCUAUGUCUCCACAUCUCAGCUCGUCCUGUUCCAGAACAUGAUCUUGAACAAUGUGAACAAGAUCAGGCUCACUUCCGGCGACCCUCUGGACGAGGCAGCGAAGAAGGUUGGCCCAUGGUCCGAGGAGUUCGUAAAGGAGGCGAAGGGAAAGGCAGACAAAGGCCUUGAAGUUCUCUACCGCCUCGAGAUCCAGCAUCGCUUCUUCUUCACGGAUCGAUCGAUGACGGUGUGCCCAGCUUCGAAGUGCACCGUGCCCCGACGCCUGAGCUCUGCAGCAGGAAGUGAGAGCCAGCGUGCCGACGAGGGGGACGUGUCGCAGAACGUGGACGUCAUCCGAACACUGAAAGAAGACAACCCGCACAAGGUCCUGGAGGAUCUCUUCCGACACUUGCCGCCUCUGACUGCGACGAACUUCCAGGACCUCCAAACUGAGUUCGAGGCCUUGCUCGCCCAGUUUGCUGCAGCAGAAAACGAUUUCUGGGAGAAGAAGCUCAGCCAGGGUCUGGCCGCCGUCGGUGACCUCAUUGACACAGAGACAAGUCCCGAAGAGGUGUUGGACACGAUGGCUUCCGUCAUCCUGGCGCGGAACCGCCACAGCCGCUACCUGCAAUCUGUGCUUGCCGGCCUCUCCCAGCUCGGGGCGGCCCGUGACCGCCACGGAGAGGAGAUCCGCAGGCCGACGCGGAUACUGGAGGCUGCCAAGGCAGAGUCGACCAUCCUACGCGGCAGUGAGAUCAACUUCCUCAUUCGGAAGCAGGACGCCAGGGUGAGGACCAAGACGGGCAACAAGGUGGGCCUCUUGGAUGAUGAUGGCUUCCUCCUCGAGUUCGUUAAGGAGUUCCCGAUCCUAGAGUCGAUGAUCAAGCAGGUCGCCCUCGCGGAUCGCAACGCAACCAUCGGAUUGCCGCCGGAAGGACCUGUGCUGAUGAAAUGGAAGUCCAUGGAGUUGGCCAGCAUCCUCAAGUCUGUGCCUCCCGCUGACUGCGCAGUUUCGGAGGCAGAUGCUUCCGACCUGCGGUCCUCUCCCGAUCACUCCUUGCCAGAGAAGCGUUCCCGUGACGUGGAAGCCUUGAGCCAUCUUUGGAACAGCUGCCUCUUGGACGGGGGUGAUCUGUCCGAUGUUUCUCCCUUGGUGCGCAUCACGACACCCAAGAAGCAGGAGGUGAUCAACAGCAGCCAAAGCCAAAAGCGAUCCGUUGCAUGGAAGCAUGUGCUGUUACUUGAAGAUGCGCAGAAUACUCGAAUCAUCGAGUCCACCGAAGACUUGGAGGGCUUCGAGCUGUUGCGGCCGGAGGACAGGACAUGA